CAAAACUCUGAUAAAGUUAUUGAUCCAUUGAUAACCUGUAUCAUCAGAUUGAUCCAAGUUCCUGUUGGAGUCAGUCAGAGCAUUUCCAUAGAGAGACACUUUGCAUCAGCAGCACCAUGCUCCAGUGCUCUGGGAGACUUUAUAGUCCUGACACUUGAACACUGGAUGACUGACAGCUGUCCUCCAUGACAACAGAAGACACAGAAAUCCUCCUCAUCAAAAACAUGACUUUCAUCUUCAUCUGGACUCUCCUCUGCUGCUGCUUCACAGAGUCCAGAGGUCAGGCCACAGUGACUCAACCUGGAUCAGUGAGUUCUGCUCUGGGAGGCUCUGUCACCAUCAGAUGUCAGACCAGUCACAGGGUAGAUGAUGGAGAAGACCAAUUCUGCCAAUCCUGGUACCAACAGAGAGAUGGAGAACCUCCGAAACUGCUCAUUUACUAUGGUAGUUCUAGAGCAUCUGGGAUUCCAUAUCGAUUUUCAGGCAGCGGAUUAAACACAGACUUCACUUUGACCAUCAGUGGAGUUCAGGCUGAAGAUGCUGCAGUUUAUUAUUGUAAGGGCCAAUUCAUCAUCAACAGUCAGUUGUGGUGGACUUCUGGUGGAGGAACCAGACUGGAUGUUGGAUUGGGUGAUGUCCGUCCCUCCCUGAUGGUGCUGCCCCCCUCCACAGAGGAGCUGCAGCAGGGGAAGGCCACGCUCAUGUGUCUGGCCAACAAGGGCUUCGCUUCAGACUGGAGUCUGUCCUGGAAGGUGGACGGCAUCAGUAGCAGCAGCAGCAUCAGCUGGGAGGAGAGCAGGAGCCCCGGGGUGCUGCAGGAGGACGGCCUCUACAGCUGGAGCAGCACCCUGAGGUUCCCUGCAGACCAGUGGAGGAAGGUGGGCUCUGUGAGCUGUGAGGCCACCCAGGGCUCCCAGACUCCACUCUCAGAGAAACUGUGGAGAGACCUGUGUUCUCAGUCCUGACCUCACCCACUGGAAACAUCACACUGGUUUCACUCUGUUUAAUUUGACAAAUUUCAGUUACAAUAUUUAGCAGCUUGUUACAGUGUUUCAAUAUUAUUUCAGUGCUUCCAAACAAUAAAAAUCUCAUCAUCCAAUCAACUGUUUUCUUGUUUUAAUUAUUAAGUUAUUUUGUUUCUCAGUGGUAUCAGAAAUGUCUUUCAAGUCAUCUUGUCCUGUUUUUGUUUCAUGGCAUCGUACAAAAUGUGUAAAAUUACAUCAUGUAUAUCUGUAUAAAGUUCACUAUAUAUUAUCAAAGGUCAUAACCUCAGCUGAACAAACUAGUGAUGAUAGUGAUAGUUCACUAGUUCACUACUGUCUUUAUAUAAUCAGAACAUUUAACAAUGAUCAUCCAUUCAUCUCUUUUCAUUUAUCCCUAUUUCUUAUUAUGUCAUUAUUGCACUGACUGCUCUAUGUGCCUUUUUAAUUGCCCCCGAGGGACAAAUAAAGUUUUCUGAAUCUGAAUUUUACUUGUCAGUGUUCUGCUCAUUCAUUCCUACAUGUGUGCUUCCAUUCAUUCAUUCAUUCUGCAGUAAUUUCAGAGUCAACAGUUCUCACCUGUCCUGCAGUUACACUCACUCACCUGUUCCCAUUUUCCUCAUGAACUCACUAGUUUAUAAAUC